AUGGCACUUGCAUUACCAAUUAUUGAGAUUUUACUUUGUUCCACAUCUUUGCCAGAAAAUAAGUUUUUUAAUACAGGAGCCAUAAUCAUGACACCGACGAGAAACUUGGCAAAACAAAUUGUAUCCGAGUUUGAAACAUUAACAAUUAAUACUAGUUUAAAAUGUCUAUGUAUACACAAUUAUCAUGAUGUAAAAAGUUUAUGUAAUGGAUUUGUUGGCAUUUUAGUUGGAACACCCGGAAGGAUCUUAGAUUUUGUCAGUUGUAGUAAAUUAAAAUUAACCAAGUUGAAAAUUAUUUGCCUUGUAGAGACUGGAGACAUGUUAAAUAUUGGAUUCUCGAAACCAUUGGAGACCAUAAUAAAACAUAUUGAAAAACAAACUCAAGAUCACCAAAUGAUAUUAUUUUCACCAAAAAUUUCUAUUUGGGUAAAAUAUAUUGUCAAAAAAUAUAUGAAAAAUCAAUACGUAGAAGUUGACUUUUCAAAAUCUUUGUCUGAAGGUCCAACAGAAAAAAUAUAUAAAUAUAACAUAUUAGAACAAAUCGAAAAAAAAAUAUUGUUUCCACUUAUAGGAGCAUUUAUCACAUCAAAUAAAAAUAAUUUGACGUUAGAUCAAAUUAUAGGAAAAAUAUCCUAUACUAACAAUUCUGGUAGAUUAAUCAAAAACAUAUCACCAGUAAUUAAUUCUGGCGGCAAAUACUUGAGCUGGGAAGAUACAAUCCCUGAUAAUAUAAUGACUGCAGAUGAAAUUAUUAAUUAUUUGAAAUUUUUGUCAGAGAUGUUUCCAAACAAUAUCCAACUAAAAAAAACAAAUUAUAUUGAAUGUGGAUACAUGGUCUCAAUUGAUGAUACAUUUCUGCAGGACAUUCAUAAAUAUAUUAAGGAAACGAAAAAAUUAUUAAUCGAUGGAUAA